ACGCUUAAUUUUAUAGAAAAAGGUUUAUUUUGUCUAUGCGUCCUCAUAGAUUGAGUUUUUUUUAUGGAAUGUUAUGCCCCAUAACUUCGUCUCCCUAGUUAAAACUGUUUUCAUUUUUUUUUUUUUUUUUUUAAGGGUACUUUUAUAUUAAGGUACCUUUUAUUUGAUAAUGGUGACAAAAACAAUUGAAUCUCAAAACAAAAAAGUGACUUAAUGACUUAAUCGUCUUCUUUUUAUUUAUGUAGGAGUAUUUACUCUUUUCCAAUUGUACGGUCGUCUGUCUAAGCUCAUUAAAACCUACUGAGGAGGUGAAUAAAAAAUUUAUAUACCCGUUGUAAAAGCUUAAAUACUCGUAUUUGCUUUAAUAAUUAAAAAAAUGAAAAUGGUCAUUUGCCUUCCGUCCUGUUUAGGAUGUGAUGAUUUUUCAGAACAAUAAAAAAAAUUCUAUCGGUCUGAAUGAUCAAUCAUAGACGUGCUUUCUUCGUCAAUGGGACACAAAUAUCAAGAGAUCCAAACGGACGAUGUUAUUAUAUUACAACCUGCUCCUGGGAAAAAUGUAGCAGAUACAGCUCAACAACUUCUCAUGUUGCUCGAAAGAUCAACUGUAGAGCAUAGUCUGCCCCAAGGAUUUCCCUAUCUUCAUGAAAUGACUGAAAAUGAACACGUUUUCAAUCCACAGCAUAUUUACGUGGAGACAGUCGAGAAUGGCUUUCUCAUGCCUUCGGCGCCCUCAGAAACGUUGGACAAUCAAAAUUAUUGCAAUUACAGCGAAUCAUCGCAGCGUACCAGCUCGGAGUGCAGCGUUAAACCUCAAGAGACACUUAUUUGGCUUAUAGACUGCUUGUCCUGCUGGUUUAACACAUGGGAAUGCUAUUUCUGUUAAUUAUAGUAAACUUUUAAAUUUUAAAAUGCUGGUUUGAUAAACUAUUCUGUAAAUCCAUAUAUCGACUUUAAAAAAAAUUAUUUUGCCUUAUUGUUUUUUAUUUGAAAAAAAAAAAUUGUAAC